ACGCUUGUGAACCAUCGUUUUUCAGUUUGUAGGAACAAGAGAGCCUAUAUGGACGUACAGUGAGACAGGAACGAGUCUUGUCCGAUGCAAGGUGGACAUAACGCGGACUAUGAACGACAGAGCGGUUUUAUUCAGAAGAAUGUACUCAUAUGCGGGACAAAAGUAUUCUUCCGAUCAGUGGGGAGUGUUCGAUAAACUUUACAAGGAGAGGAUGUCCAUAAGGCCUGCAGGCCCUACAUUUUACCAAAUGGAACAGGUCAUAUUUAUGUCUCAGGACUACAGUUGCGCAGUGAUUAUGACAACGUUGAUUGGUACACAUGUCUACAUAGCGCCCACCCGCUGGUACGAGCUUCGAGUGAGGAAUUCUGCCAUUGCCAGGGGGCCUCACGAGGAGUGUUUGCAAGAAUUCAAGUCUGUGACGUAUCCGAGACGCAUUGUUUAUACACCGGAAUGCCAGAGACUGCUUGCUACCGCUCCGACAGCCGACGCAAAAUAUUAAUAAAUGAA